CGGCCAGAGGUGGUGGAUCAUCAAACAGCCAUCAGCCUUCCCCAGAAGAAAACCAAUCCAAUACAAUCAAUAUGCUCAAAUACGCCGUUGUUGUCCUCGCCAUCGUUUCCUGUGCUGCUGCCAAGCCAGGACUUCUGGGAGCACCUCUAGCCUACACGGCUCCUCUGGCCUACUCCGCACCUCUGGCUUACACUGGUCCUGCUGCCGUAGUAGCUGCUCCUGCCCCGGUUGUUACCGCCACCAGCAGUCAGGUGAUCGCCAGGAACUAUAAUGGAAUCGCAGCUGCUCCAGUUGUUGCCCCAGUGGCAGCUCCAAUGAUCGCCAAAUACGCCGCUGCUCCCCUGGCAGCUCCUCUGGCAACUCCAUUGGCUGCCUCAAUUGCAGCUCCAGUGAUUGCCAAGUAUGCGGCGGCUCCAGUGGCUGCUCCCCUGGCCUACUCUUCUCCAUUGACCUACAGUGCUCCCCUGAGUUAUGCUCCGGCCCCUGUUUUGAUCUAAGGAAUAAAUGCCUAUAACUGUGAUAAUAAAAACCGACAAAUAUAUACGAAAAAAAA